GUAUAAAGAAAUAGAAGAAAAAUAAAAGCAAAUUAUGAAAUAAGUGAAACACCAUGACACGUCUUUCUCUUUAGCAAAGGAUUAGGACCCCACCCUCCUUUCCUCUGUCCCUCUCCCAUCCCCAUUUCUUAUACCAUUCAUCACGUAACAAGAAACUAGAAAAGCCUCUAUCCCUACAUGAAGAUUUUCACCUCAUCUAACCUUCAUCACCACAACCUCUUUAUACUACUCUUCUCAUCAUUACCAAAGUCAACAUAUUGAAGUUCUAUAUAUAUCUAUUUCUUGUUGGACAUAUCCACCAAAGUCAUGGAUUUGAGAUUUGAAUAUCAAGAAGGAUAUUGGAGGAACACAAGGGGAAUGCAACUCUUCACAUGCAAAUGGUUGCCUAUUUCUUCUUCUCCCAAGGCUCUUGUUUUCAUUUGCCAUGGAUAUGGAAUGGAAUGUAGUAGUUUCAUGAAAGAAAUUGGAGAAAAGUUAGCGUCUGCAGGAUAUGCUGUGUUUGGGAUGGACUACGAAGGACAUGGACGCUCUGCAGGUGUUCGUUGUUACAUAACCAAAUUCGACAACGUUGUUAAUGACUGUUCCAGCUUUUACAAGUCAAUUUGUGAGCUCCAAGAGUUCAAGGGAAAGGCCAAAUUCUUAUAUGGAGAAUCAAUGGGAGGAGCUGUGUCUUUACUGUUACAUAAAAGGGACCCUUCAUUUUGGGAUGGUGCUGUUUUGGUGGCACCAAUGUGUAAGAUAUCAGAGAAGUUGAAACCACAUCCUGUUUUUGUUAGCAUAUUGACAGGUUUGGAAGAAAUUAUUCCCAAGUGGAAAAUUGUUCCCACAAAGGAUGUCAUCAAUUCAGCCUUCAAAGAUCAUACCAAACGGGAGACAAUAAGAAAUAACAAGUUGAUAUAUCAGGACAAGCCAAGGUUAAAAACAGCAUUGGAACUACUAAGAACUAGUUUGAGUGUUGAAACCAGCUUACACCAGGUGACACUGCCUUUCUUAGUAUUACAUGGAGAGGAAGAUACAGUGACAGACCCAGAAGUAAGCAAGGCAUUAUAUGACAAAGCUAGUAGUGUCGACAAGACCUUGAAAUUGUAUCCUGGAAUGUGGCAUGGAUUAACAUCUGGGGAGCCUGAUGAAAAUAUCGAACUUGUUUUCGGAGACAUCAUAAGUUGGCUUGACAAAAGAGCUACUAGCAAGGCACGUAUUGAGUCUUUUCUUCCAAUUACAACUUACAAGCGCAGUAAUCUUCUUGAGUUUCAAGAAGGUCGCCCUCGCGCAUCACUGUAGAAUUAUAAACAGACUGAUGGGCGUUCUGAACUAUGGUCAUGUUACACAUACAUUGUGUUAUACUGGCCAAACGUCAUUAUUCCCUCGGUACAUAAUGUACUAAUAGGGGUUCAAAUUGUUUCAAAAACAAAAGCAAAAGCAAAAUAUUACAUGUUUCAAAA